GGUUGUGAGGGAGAACACCAUGGCUUCAGAUCCGGGGCUGGCUGCGAUGCUGCUAUGGACUAUAUCACUACAGGCUGUGGGCACCUCGGGAACUAACAGCAAUGAAGUGAAUCUACUGGACACGACGACUAUUACAGGAGACUGGGGGUGGCUAGCGUAUCCGUCACAUGGGUGGGAUGCCAUUAAUGAGAUGGACGAGUACUUCAGUCCUAUUCACACAUACCAGGUCUGUAACGUGAUGAGCCCCAGCCAGAACAACUGGUUGGUGACGGGCUGGAUCCCCCGGGAAGGAGCCAGGAGGAUCUACAUCGAGGUCAAGUUCACCCUGAGAGACUGCAACAGCAUGCCUGGAGUACUGGGCACCUGCAAGGAAACCUUCAACCUGUACUACUAUGAGUCAGACAGAGCAGUGGGCUCGGCCAUACGGGAGAACCAGUUCAUUAAGAUUGACACCAUCGCUGCUGACGAGAGCUUCACAGGCGUAGACCUGGGAGUCCGCAGACUUAAACUCAACACAGAGGUGCGAGGCGUGGGCCCUCUGAACAGACGAGGCUUCUACCUGGCCUUCCAGGACAUCGGUGCCUGCAUUGCCCUCACCACUGUGAGGGUCUACUAUAAACGCUGUGUGGGCGUCAACCGUAACCUGGCCGUGUUCACUGACGUGGUCACAGGGGCUGACUCAUCAUCUCUGGUAGAGGUCAGAGGUCAGUGUGUGGAUCAUGCUGAGGAGAGGGACACGCCCAAGAUGUACUGCAGUGCAGAGGGCGAGUGGCUGGUGCCCAUCGGGAGGUGCGUGUGCUCGGCUGGGUUUGAGGAGCACAGGGACUCCUGCAUAGCCUGUGAGGUGGGUUUCUAUAAGCCGGUGGCAGGCGAUGGUCUGUGUGGUAAAUGUCCUCAACACAGCCACUCAGAGACCAGAGCCGCCCUCUCCUGCCCCUGCGACACCAACUAUUAUCGGGCAACAGAUGACCCACCAGCAGCUCCAUGCUCCCGCCCUCCAUCUGCUCCAGUAAAUGUCAUCUCCUCAGUCAAUGGGACCUCUGUGAAUUUAGAGUGGGACCGCCCUCUGGAUACCGGGGGUCGCAGCGACCUGCAGUACAGUGUGUCGUGUCUGAAAUGCUCAGGCGAAGGAGGGCCCUGUGAAGACUGUGCAUCCUCCCCUGGAGGCACCACCGGUGGAGGGAAGGCAGGUGGAGGGGGAAGUGUAGGGGCAGGGGGAGGAGGGAUGGUGGAGCGUUUGGGCACGGCUGCGGUUCGAUUCGUCCCUCGCCAGACUGGUUUGAAGGAAUCUUGGGUGACAGUGCUCAACCUGGUGGCCCACACCAACUACUCCUUUCGCAUCUUGGCCAUGAAUGCAGUGUCACACCUAAGCAAUGAGCCAACACUGUAUGCUGUGGUCAACAUCACAACGAACCAGGCAGCCCCGUCUGAAGUGUUAGCGAUCCGCCAGGAGAACACCAGCCAGAACAGCGUGACUCUGCUCUGGCACGAACCCGACCAGCCCAACGGGGUAAUCCUGGAGUAUGACAUCAAAUACUACGAGAAGGAUAACGAAGAGCACAGUUACUCCACUCUGAAGUCUAAAAACACCAGCGCCCGGGUAUCAGGGCUGAAGCCUGGUACCAAGUAUAUCUUCCAGGUCAGAGCCAGAACCUCAGCAGGCUGCGGACGCUUCAGCCAGAACAUAGAGAUUCAGACUGGGAAAGCAGCUCCUUUGCGCUACAACACCAUGACCAUCAUCUGGAUCUGCAUGGCCCUGGUGUCUGGUCUGGUCACAUUUUUGGCCAUCAUCAUCUGCAGGAAACGACACUGUGGCUACAGCAAAGCCUUCCAGGACUCAGACGAGGAGAAGAUGCAUUACCAGAACGGUCACGUGUCAUUCCCCGAUGCGAGGUUCUAUAUCGACCCACACACGUACGAGGACCCCUGCCAGGCGGUCCACGAGUUUGCCAGAGAAAUUGAAGCUUCCAGGAUCAAAAUAGAGAAAAUCAUUGGCUCAGGGGAGUUUGGGGAGGUGUGCUACGGACGUAUGAGGCUCCCGGGCAAACGAGACAUCCCAGUGGCUCUAAAGACCCUGAAGGCAGGAUACACAGAGAAGCAGAAGAGAGACUUCCUGGCAGAGGCUUCAAUAAUGGCCCAGUUUGACCACCCCAAUGUCAUCCGCCUAGAGGGGGUGGUAACUCACAGCAAACCGGUGAUGAUCAUCACAGAGUACAUGGAGAACGGUUCUCUGGACUCCUUUCUCCGGAGACACGACGGCCAGUUUACCAUCAUCCAGCUGGUCGGGUUGUUACGCGGCAUCGCGGCCGGUAUGACCUACCUGUCUGACCUGGGAUACAUCCACCGUGACCUGGCUGCACGCAACAUCCUAGUCAACAGCAACCUGGUGUGUAAGGUGUCUGACUUCGGGCUAUCCAGAGUACUGGAGGAUGACCCCGACGCUGCAUACACCACCAGUGGUGGAAAAAUCCCAAUCCGCUGGACAGCCCCAGAAGCCAUCGCAUACAGGAAGUUCUCCUCCUCCAGUGAUGUUUGGAGCUACGGUGUGGUCAUGUGGGAGGUGAUGUCCUAUGGAGAGCGACCAUACUGGAACCUCACUAACAGAGAUGUGAUCAAAUCUGUUGAGGAGGGCUACAGGCUGCCUGCUCCUAUGGGCUGUCCUGCUGCUCUACACACACUCAUGCUGGACUGCUGGCAGAAGGAUCGCAAUGAGAGGCCUCGCUUUUGCCAGAUAGUCACUGUUCUUGACAAGCUAAUCCGCAACCCAGAGAACCUGAAAUCUAUGGACACACUCUGCAGUUUAAACAGUCCUACACCGAUGGAGAGAGCUAUCCCCGACUUCAGCAGCUGUAACUCAGUAGAUGAGUGGCUGGACACCAUAAAGAUGGGCCGCUACAAGGAACAUUUUGCAGCUGGGGGGUACCACACUCUGGGACAUGUCAUAAGCAUGAAUCAAGGGGAUAUCCAGAGGCUUGGGGUGACACUGAUGGGCCACCAGAAGAAGAUCAUGACCAGCGUCCAGCUGAUGAGGGCGCAAGUCCUCAACAAGAGUGUGCCGUCAGUGCACGUAUAACUCCAGUGCCAUGGUUUCUCUGUUGAAAUCUAGAAACCCCAGCUUCCAUAAGGUCAUGAGGGACUCCACUGGAAUUAGAAGGAUCAGAAAAAUGGGGAGACGUGUGGGAACUUUCCAAGACUUUUCUUCACGAGAUUAAAGAACAAAAUGUGAAAGGUUUUACUUACAGAGCAAGUAAACAUGACUUCUUUGGGACAAGUCCAACCUUUCUUUUUUUCUUUUUUUUUUUCCCCACCCCAACUACAUUCUCUGAGUUUAAAUGUCUUGUUUGUAAAUGAAAAGACUGCCUUAAUUAGCACAAAUGAUUUUAAUUGUAUUGUAUACAAAGAGAAGAUAAUUUA